AUGGACAUCCGGAUCCUUCGCCCCUCCGACAUACCUCAAGUCCAGCAGACCAACAUCACCAACUUACCAGAGAACUAUUUCUGCAAGUACUACAUGUACCAUGCCUUGAGCUGGCCACAGCUGAGCUACGUUGCCGUAGAUGUAUCGAGACCGAAGAACACACCGUACGAUGCGCCGAAAAUCGUGGGUUACGUGCUAGCGAAGAUGGAGGAAGAUCCGGCGGAUGGCGUACAACAUGGCCACAUCACAUCCCUCAGUGUUAUGAGGACGCAUCGAAGAUUGGGACUAGCAGAGAAGCUCAUGCGUCAGAGCCAAAGAGCCAUGUUUGAGACAUACAACGCAGUCUACGUCUCUCUACACGUCCGCGUGUCAAACGUAGCAGCACUGGCACUUUACCGGGAUACCCUGGGCUUCAAAGUUGGCGGCACAGAAGCCAAGUAUUACGCAGACGGAGAAGAUGCCUACAGCAUGCGCAUGGAUCUGGAUUAUCUUCGCGAAGAGGCAUUGGACGAAGAAGAUUCAGAGGAUGAGGCAGAGACGACAGUUGGAAAGGAUGAAGGUGCCGAGGUGGGAAGUGCUGGGAAGGCAGGAGACGGAGUAGAGUCUGCUGCACAGCGGAAAGAGAGGAAACGGAAAGUCAAGGUCGGGAGACAGCUGGGAGUUGGCGAGCUGGUAGAGCGGGUUGAAAGUUCGAAGCCGGCACAAGCAAAUGGAUCAGCAUAG